ACACACACAAACACAUGUACACCCAGACAGCAACCACUCACCACCAUCUGGACCUUGUUACCACGAAGCUCAGACUGAUGACCCUGAAGCUUGAUAGUGGCGGAGCCACUGUUCAUUGUCUCCCCGACUUGCUUCGUUGUAGAAACACCUAGGAGGAGCUAAACCCAGAUUCCAGCGAUAAACCUUGGUCGUUUGGCCAUAUUUCAGGCCAUUUUCCGGUCAACUCCGGCUACCACUCGGUCCCCACUUGGAUUUAGAAUCGAGGCACACGAUCCCGGCAUCCAGGCACUUUCGCAUCGGUAUCUUCGAGUCCUCUCAAUGUAGGAUCCAUCCUUUGUUUCAUUCAAUUUUAUAUUAUUUCUUUCGAUGUUCUAAUUAGUCGUAUGCUCUGAACACGUUCCUUAAAUGCAUAUUCCUUAUUCUUUUACAAUUAUAAGUUUUAUCUAUUCCUUGUUUUCCGCAUUUGCACUCAAUAAAUGACUUUCGUCACCUCGGGUGUCGGCCAGCAUGUGCCUAUCUCGGAAUUUUGGGGAAUAUCGGGAUCGGGGCGUGUCAUAAGGUAUCUAAAAUGUUUAUAUUCAUUUGUAGGAAUAAUCUUGUACGAAAUUAGAUUGUCAUCCUCAUAUAAAACGUUUGUCAAUUGAACUUGGUGUUAGAUUGGAUUUUGUUUUUUCUUGCAACUCCAUUGAGCUACUAAACUUCAAAAUCAAAAGUUAAACGCUCUACUUUCCAAAAGCACUUCAAAAGUUUCUUGUCUUGCUCCACAAGAAAAUUUAACUAGUCAACCAUACACAUCCUCUGAAGAAAAAAGAGAACAAGUUAAAAAUCGUGUGUCCGUUUCACUGAGCAGAGAAGAAACCGAAGGCACCUCCGAGUAUGGUGGGACUGGUAACUGGUAAGACCUUUAUGCUGUCUAGAAUCUCUUUAAGUUCACAUGCUGAAAGAUAAACAAAAGAAACGAACUCAUUGAGUCCACAAACUCUUAUGUGGCUCCAAAUUGCUCUAAUAAUGUACUUGGUUGGUCCAGCUCAAAAUAUAUCCAGUGAUCCAAACCAUUGAGUUUUUAGGUAAUCAUUCGUCAAUCAUUUUUUUACAAUUUCACUCAAAUCAGAAAUUGUUUAGAGUACAUUUUUUUAGUACAUCGAUAUUUUUACACUAAGGGGAGGUGAGUUCGGCUAAGCCACACAAUGGGCAGCUUAAUUUGGUAUCGAAUUCGCCAUCUAUGAGAUUCAAACCUAAAACCUCUCACUUCCAAGUGAAGAGAAAUACCACCAGACUGUAGUAUUAAGUGGCUAGUUAUUGUUGUGAAUAUUUCAUUGUUUAUUAACUACAUUUUGUUUGUCUAUUUGUCAUCACUCAUAAAUCAUGAAAAAAUAUUUAAAGUAGAUCUAGAUGAGUGAUUAGUAUAGAAACUCAGAGUUCUUGGAGAGAGUUUUCUUAGAGGUGAAGAAAAACUGUAUUUUCUCAUUAAUUGAUAAAUGAAUAAUACAAUCACAUAUAUAUAGCUUUUGGCUAUUGACUGUCAACUAAUUAAGACUAAUUACAAAUGUAACAAACUUAUAACAACUAAUAACAAACUAUAGUCAUGAUGUGGCAUCUUCAUCUUUAAUUAGUGCUGUAUUUAAGUUACUCGCGAGGUAGUACAUCAGCACUCUUUGAUAUAUAUAUGUAAGCUUGUGAAAUCAUGGAUGAUCUAUACCUUAUAUAAACACACAAGCGCAGCAAACACACCCACACUAUUGGCCAUAAAUUUUCUUCUCCCAAAUAGGACUAUGAUGCUGGAGAAUGAAACCUCCUCCUUUUUGCAACCUUUGGCCUUCACACUGCUGGCCAUUUUCAUCAUCCUCAUAUACAGAUGGUACUCCACCACAACCACCAACAAAACCUCAUCACCACCUUCUCCACCGAAGCUCCCUAUCAUCGGAAACUUUCACCAAAUAGGCUUGGACCCUCAUCGCUCACUGCACAAAUUAUCUCAACGCCAUGGCCCUCUCAUGCUUCUUCACUUCGGACGUGUCCCGGUCCUUGUUGUCUCUUCGGCUCAGGCAGCUCAGGAGAUCAUGAAAACCCAUGACCACACAUUUUCUGAUCGACCCAAGUCCACCAACUUUGAGAAGCUUCUCUACAACUGUAAAGACGUUGCAUCUGCUCCUUAUGGUGAGCAUUGGAGGAAGGUGAAAAGUAUAUGUGUCAUACAUCUUUUGAGCAACAAGAGGGUUCGCUCUUUUCGCUUUGUGAGAGAAGAGGAAACCAAAUCCAUGAUCAGCGACAUAAUGAAAUCAUCACCAUCAGUUUUGAAUUUAAGCGAAAUGUUUCUGAGGCUUACCAAUGAUGUUGUAUCUAGAGUGGCUCUGGGGAGGAAGUACAGUGGUGAAGGUGGGAUGAAGUUUGAGGGACUUUUGCGGGAGUUCUUUGAGUUAUUGGGAACUACUAAAAUUGGUGACUAUAUCCCAUGGCUUUCUUGGUUGAGCCGUGUCAACGGUUUGGAAGCCAAGUUCGACAAGGUGGCUAAGAAGUUUGAUGACUUUUUAGAUAAAGUGGUCCAAGAGCACAUGGAUCAGAGUCCAAAGACUGGAGAUGAUGACCAAGCGGAUUUUGUCGAUGUUUUGCUUGCAAUUCAGAAAGAAAACUUGCCUGGUUUUUCUAUUGAUACAGUUACUAUAAAAGCUCUCAUCUUGGAUAUGUUUACUGCUGGCACUCAUACAGCAUCUACAGUCCUAGAGUGGGCAAUGACUGAGCUUUUAAGGCAUCCUAGGGUCAUGAAAAAGUUGCAGAAUGAAGUACGUGAAAUGGUCCGAAAGGAAGAACUCAUAACAGAGGAUGAUUCGAUUGAAAUGCACUACUUGAAGGCGGUGAUAAAGGAGACUCUUCGCUUACAUCCACCAGUUCCACUACUAUUGCCCAGGAUUGCGACCCAAGAUGCGGAAAUAGGUGGUUACAAAAUUAAAACCAAGACACACGUUAUGAUCAAUGCAUGGCAAAUUGGAAGAGAUCCCAAACUAUAUGAAAAACCAGAGGAGUUCGAGCCAGAAAGGUUCUUGAAUAGUGAGGUAGAUUAUAAAGGGAAUGACUUUCAGUUAAUUCCAUUUGGUGCCGGUAGGAGGGUCUGUCCUGGAAUUCAGUUUGGCAUGACUCUUAAUGAGAUUGCCUUGGCAAAUAUCGUGCACAAGUUCGACUGGGAGUUGCCUGGUGGAGCAAGUGGGGAGGAUUUAGAUACGACUGAAUCUACGGGUAUAACAGUCCACAGAAAAUAUCCUCUCAGAGCUGUUGCUAUUCCAUAUUUAUGUUGAAAGAUAGAGGGCAUAUUGUCUCGUACGUGUAUUGGCCUUUGUAUUUUAUGUCCAAGGCUCUAAGCCUUCUAUUGUCACCUAUUAUUUCGCUUUGACCGUCGCUAUUGCCAAUAUAUCAUAAGUGUGAAUUUUA